UCAGGUUAAGAUUUGGCUACUCUGAACUUAUUUCCAUUCAUGUGUUAAACUUUACUUUUGAUAUUCCAUUCCUCAAAAAUUUACGACACCAGUUUAGUCUUCACAGUUCCAGACGCACGUACAUAAUACAUACGUACCUACGUAAUAAAUAGCUAUCGGCUUCAGGGCAUCAAAAGUCCAUGUUGAGUGGAGUGCUUUAUUGAAAAAGUAGCCAUAUCCUCCGGACUAACAAGAAGAUCUUUUCAAUCGCGUCAACAAGAUGCCUUUAACUCGGAAAUCUCGGAAAUCUUCAAGUGGACACCACCACUUCGCCAGCUACAAAACUUAUUAUAGCCAUAUCCUGAAAGUGGCACAGCCAGGUUGUGGUCUCACGAUGAGUUCAAAAUCUGUGGCCAUUUUGGAUUCGAUGAUGAACGAUAUGUUUGAAAGGAUUGCAACUGCCGCAGCCCAAUUAAUGAAGAAGAGCAAACGCAAAAUAUUAACGGAAAGAGACGUCAAAUUUGCAACCGAGCUGGUGUUGCCCGGAGAGUUGAGGACAUGUGGAAAUAAACAUGGAGAACAAGCAGUUGAUCUUUACAAGAAGUCCAAAAAUGAACAAGAGAACGAAUUGCCACCAAAUUCGUUAGAAUCGAGGUCAUCAGCCGGACUAGCGCAGGAAUCUUCAGAAGAACUAUUGUACGAAACUUUUCGGUCCAAUGUGAGAGGUCAUUCAUCCCCCAUUCUCCGUAUCCGUAAUGGUAUUUUACAAUAAUAAUAGGAUAUUUAGUGGAAUAUGUAGAAGUAUAGAUAAUCUGGUACCUGAGUAAGGUUUUAUCAUCAGGGUAAUAUUUGAUACCGGUCUUCCAUUGUCUGUGGAAAUCAUUUAAUUUUUUAGUAAUUAUUUUUUUAGUAAAUAUUCCAACUGAAUAUAUUUUACCGAUUAGUGAUUAAUGUCAAACUUAAUAAAGUCAACCAUGCCUAUUUAAGGAACAACUUACAAA